AUGCAGGAGAAAAUUGAGGGCAGAACUUUCGAAAGCAACAAUCACACCAUGCAAGGCAUCGCGCGUCUUCAAGGCAACCAAGGUGCAUUCAACGAUCGACAGCGUCGUGGUGCAAUGCGUCGAAAAAUCCAUGAAGUUACCGGUCAUAAGUUCAUGGCGUUGUUCUUACGACAGCCGACUUUUUGCGCACAUUGUAAAGAGUUCAUCUGGGGCAUCGGCAAACAAGGAUAUCAAUGUCAAAUCUGUACGGUGGUUGUACAUAAGCGAUGUCAUGAAGAAGUCGUAUGGAAAUGCCCAGGCAAUAAAGCUGACGCUGUGCAGGAAAUCAAUCGUGAAGUGGUCGAGAGCACUGGAAUGGGACGAUUCAACAUCAACAUGCCACACCGUUUCUCGGUUCAUUCCUAUAAACGUCCGACAUUUUGCGAUCAUUGCGGUUCAAUGCUUUAUGGCCUGAUCAAUCAAGGCUUACAGUGUUCUGUCUGUAAGCUGAACGUGCACAAACGAUGUCAACGGAAUGUCGCGAACAACUGCGGUAUCAAUGCCAAACAGAUGGCCGCUGAAUUAGCGCAAUUGGGUCUGACUGGUGACAAAAUGAGCGUCCGUAGUAAGAAGAAGCCAUCCAUUAUGACUGACUCAGGCUCGGAUCAAACGAGUAUCGGUACGUCCGACUCCGGAUCGACAUAUUUGACGCAAAUAUCGGAAGAGGAGCCGGCAAAAUCACCUGGGCGACCACCUGGUGGCACGUUAUCGAUCCAGGACUUCGUCUUUAUCAAAGUUCUCGGCAAAGGAUCUUUUGGCAAGGUAAUGCUGGCUGAGCGACGCGGCUCGGACGAGGUAUAUGCCAUUAAAAUCCUGAAGAAGGACGUGAUCGUGCAGGACGACGAUGUCGAAUGUACCAUGUGCGAGAAGCGAAUUCUCAGCCUUGCCGCUAAACAUCCAUUCCUUACAGCCCUUCACAGCAGUUUCCAGACGCCUGAUCGUUUAUUCUUUGUAAUGGAAUAUGUGAACGGCGGUGAUUUGAUGUUCCAAAUACAACGUGCACGAAAAUUCGACGAACCACGAGCACGAUUCUAUGCGGCUGAAGUGACGUGCGCUUUGCAGUUUCUGCAUCGUAACGAAGUCAUCUACAGGGAUCUCAAACUGGAUAAUAUUCUUCUGGACGCUGAAGGGCACUGUCGACUUGCCGAUUUCGGUAUGUGUAAAGAAGGCAUCAACAAGGACAAUUUGACCAGCACUUUUUGCGGUACUCCUGACUACAUCGCACCGGAGAUCCUUCAAGAACUCGAGUAUGGCGUGUCUGUUGAUUGGUGGGCCUUAGGAGUGUUGAUGUACGAGAUGAUGGCCGGUCAACCGCCAUUCGAAGCCGAUAACGAGGACGAUCUUUUCGAGGCAAUUCUGAAUGACGAUGUGCUCUACCCGGUAUGGUUAUCGAAAGAGGCAGUCAACAUCCUGAAAGCGUUCAUGACGAAAAAUCCGUCGAAACGUCUCGGUUGUGUGCAGUCACAAGGCGGUGAAGACGCAAUUCGAGCCCAUCCCUUCUUCCGCGAAAUCGAUUGGGAUGCUCUUGAAGCACGUCGUGUCAAACCACCGUUCAAGCCGAAAAUUAAGUCCAAACGUGAUGUGAACAACUUUGACGCCGACUUUACCAAAGAAGAGCCAGUAUUGACGCCCACGGAUGUAGCCGUGGUACGGUCGAUCAAUCAAGAGGAAUUCCGCGGAUUCUCAUUCGUCAAUCCACAUUUUGUCUAUUGA